AUGGGAGUUUGGUCCAAAAUUGAUACUUCAGAAUGGAUUUCUCCAAUGAGUGUAGCAAUCAAAAGUAAUGGAAGGGUAAGAUUAUGUGCAAAUUUCAAGCCAACAAUUAAUAAGGUUAUUGAACAUGGAACUUAUCAAAUACCGACAAGUGCAGAAAUUUUUUCGAAAUUGGUAAAUUGUAAGAUUUUCAGUAGCAUUGACAUAUCAGAUGCAUUUUUACAAGUAAGAGUAGAUGAGGAAAGUUCAAAAUUAUUAGUGGUAAGCACACCAUUGGGACUUAGAAGAUAUGAACGUUUACCUUUUGGUUUAAGUACAAGUCCAAUUAUAUUUCAGGAAAUAAUGGCCAGUUUAUUGGAUAAGGAAGAAAGAAAGGGAGUUUACUAUGAUGAUAUAGUAAUAGGAGGUAGAACAAAAGAGGAACAUAAUGUAACUUUAUUUAGAACGAUGGAAAUUCUUCAAUCAAGUGGUUUCAAGCUUAACAUUGAGAAAACUAAACUAGGAGAACCGGAAAUCAAAUAUUUAGGUCUAAAAUUGAAUGCAAAUGGAAUAAGUCCAGAUGAGGAGAAAAUCAGAGCAAUAACAAUGAUGCCAUAUCCAAAAGAUGUUUCUGAAGUAAGAGCAUUCAGAGGAAUGCUUAUGUAUCAUUUAAAAUUUAUCCCGAAUCUUUCAAUCAUUUCAAAACCGUUAAGUAAGCUAACAAAAAAAAAUUGUAAGUUUUAUUUUGGAAGAGAAGAAAAACAAUGUUUUGAUAAAUUGAAAACAAUUUUAACAAGUGGUAGUGUUUUUACACCGUACAAUAAGAAUGAGAAAGUAAUUUUUGCGGCGAAUGCAAGUCAAUAUGGAUAUAGGGCUUGCGUAUUACACCAAUUUAAAAAUGGAGAUGAAAAACCUAUUGAAUAUAUAAGUAAGACUUUCAAUAAGUCUCAACUUAGUUGUUCUCAGAUAGAGAAAGAAUUAACAGGAAUCAUCAACGGGACUUUACGUUUGAAAGAUUAUUUAAUUGGAAGAAGUUUUGUUCUUAGAACGGACAGCCAACCACUCAAGUUUUUACUAGAUCCGGAUGCGAAUCUUCCUACAAUAAUGCUUCGUAGGGUCGACAGAUGGCUGUAUCAAUUAAGAAAAUUUGAUUUUGUUGCUGAAUACGUACCAACACAAAAAUUUGGCUAUGUAGAUGCAUUAUCAAGAUUGCUUUUGUAG